AUGCACGCCACGAGAUCCAGCACCCAGAGCGGAGGCAGCCCCGUCACGGAGGAUGAGGAGUCCAUGUCUACCUUCACGUCACCACCCUCUGCCUCUAUCAGUAGUACCAGCUUCGCACAGCUGCUGCAACGGGCAGCGCAGACAGGAAACGUCAAACAGCUCACCACGCUUAUUCAGACCGCACGCACCAGCGCGUUCUAUCAAUCGUCCAGUGUCGAUAUCACCAAAUGCCCGUCUUGUUCCUCUUCGUUGGACGCAUGGCUCAAUGCUGCAGAUGAAGAUGGCUUUACGGCAUUACACCUUGCGUGCGUCGGUGGUUACGAUGAUGCUGUGUAUGAGCUAUUGCAGGCAGGUGCUCACUUGGAAACCGCAACACCCGAAGGCUUCACCGCGCUCAUGUUCGCUGCCUGGACUGGAUCGCUCUCCCUCGUGCAGACGCUAGUGUCACAUGGAGCAGAUGUGUUGGCACGUGACGUAGAUGGUAAUGAUGCUGCCUUUAUCGCUGAGAUGAAUGAGCACGCGAGUGUAGCUAAACUCCUCCAACAACAGGUUGAGAACUCGGAGGACCCACUCCUCAGUUCAUCGUCAUCAAAAAAGAGCGGACAGGAGCGUUGCCUAGAUUCCGAGUCCCUCGAGAACGUUCCUGUUAAGUCCUUUGUCUCUAGCGAUUGCAGCGCUUUCACUGUAACUGAAGGAUUUGGGAUUGAUAAAAGCAGCAGCAGUUCUUCCACAUGUUCAUCGCCCGAGCAGCUUGUGGAAAAGAGGCUCCUUACAAAAGAAACGAGUGCGCCCAGCGUCACUGAUGGCGCCACGCCAUUGCUCGUUGCGGCUAUGCACGGACAAUUGGAGACGAUCAAGGUGCUCCUUUCUCGCGGCGCUAGUUUGUCAGCCGCGUUGCCGGGUGGUGCUACCGCAUUGCACUUGGCGUCGGCGUCAGGCUUUGUUGAUGUGGCCUCAUACAUGAUUGACCAAGGCCUGCCAGUCGACCAACGUACAGUAGAUGGCACCACUCCGCUGCAUGAGGCGGCAUACCAGGGACACGCACAUGUGGCUGCAAUGCUGCUCGAAUGUGGGGCAAAUGUGAAUGCCGCAACUGAGCACGGCACGACACCACUGCAUUGCUCAGCUGAAAAUGGUCAUGUCCAGAUUGCAGAGCUGCUGAUUACCUAUGGAGCACACAUCGAUGCUGUGACAACGGAUUACCUCGCUGCAGUUAAUGAGGCUGCAGGCAAUGACUCGCGUUGGCGAAGACGUCGGAGGCGCAAAAAAUUGGUUGGAGUGAAUAUGGAAGGAAAUGAUUUGGAUGAAGAAGCGACCGAGGGUGGGUCACGGACACCGGAUGAGCUGAAGAAGAAGGUCUCGUCCUGUAGAUCGAAUCAAGUCGCGCUUUGUCUGGCAGCCAAAAACGGCCAUCUGGACAUGGUGCAGUAUUUGCUUACGCGAGGAGCAGCUAGCCUGACUGAUCUUGCGGUACUUGAGCCAUCUAGGCACCCAAUUGUGCUGGCAGCCCGACGCGGACACGUGGAAAUCGUGCGUUUUCUACUGACCCAUGACGAGUGCACUUCUAGCUUGCCCGAUGCAGCGUCGCAUGUUUUAUGCUGUGCAGCAGAGCACGGCUACCUGCAAAUGGUAGAGCACGCGCUAGCUCGUGGGGCAGACAUUGAGGCCGUCGGCGGGAAGAAGCAAGCAACCCCGUUGGUGCUUGCAGCUCGGCAGGGUCACCUUGCUGUUGUGCUACAUCUUUUGUGGUGCGGUGCAAAGUUGGACGCUGUGACGAUGACUACGGGUUAUACUGCGCUGCAUUACGCAGCCAAGCAUGGGUAUCUCACUGUAGUUAACAGUUUACUACUGAACGGUGCGGAUGUGGACGCUGCCUGCACACAGCGCUAUUCUUCGCCACUACAUCUGGCAGCUGAAUCAGGUCAUGGAGACGUGGUGCGUUGCUUGUUGUCUUUUGAUGCAAACAUGGAAGCUCCAGGCACUAUGACGGCGCUGCACAUCGCAGCUGAGCGCGGCCAUGUGGGGGUGGCCCAUGAGCUUCUGAACCACGGCGCACAACUCGAAGCGCAAGCACAAAAUGGUCUACGUGCUCUAUUCAUCGCCGCGUAUUGUGGCCACAAGGACCUCGUGGAGCUGCUGCUGAAUCACGGAGCCGAAAUGAAAGCGACGUCAGGCAUCAACAAGACGACGCCCCUGCGUGGAGCCGUAUCAAAAGGCCACGUCGACGUCGUCAAGCUGCUGCUGGCACGAGGUGCCGAUCCCAAUGCCAUCCAGCCCACGGAUGGAACAACGGCUAUGCACAGCGCGGCUGCCAACGAUUUCGGCGACAUCCUGAAAUCCCUAGUGGCAGCAGGAGCUGACCCCGACCGAGUGGAUCGCAAUGGGCGUACCCCUUUGGACUAUUCCGCGUCAAACUCCAUUCGCCUGCAGCUACGCCUGGCACUGCUCAAGCUCCGCUGGCAAAAACAAGACGAGCGUAAGUGA